AUGGAGUUAUGUGCGAACAACGCAACCAAUCUUUUACCGUAUAUUGGUAAACUUCUUGAAGAUGGAAAAGAAGAACGGUUCGUUAAGCAAGCUUUAGAUACUUGUUUGGAAAUUUAUACAGAUGCCACUCAUUGUGCUGAAGAUGCCAUUACAGCUUUUAAAAAUAAAGAUAAAGAUUAUUUCGAUGCUAUUGGGCAGAUUACUACUGCGGAUGACUAUUCGGCUGCUUGUGAAGAUUCGUUCAACGAACGAAAUUUAACAUUUCCAUUGAGGAAACAAGUUGAUUAUUUUAGUCAGCUAGCUGAUAUUUCUCUUGUCAUUAUUGAUUUGGUAGAAAAAUAG